UYUGUCACAGUUGGUCAUUCUUGUCGUCAUUUACAAGCCAUUGGGCGCCAAAGAGGCAUAGAGUAUCCAAGUGGAGUGUACACUAUUAAUCCAUCAGGUCAAGGCAUCGUUAAAACCUACUGUGACAUGACACGUAAUGGAGGCGGCUGGACGCUAUUGCUCACCAGCCAUACCAAUACCUGGACAUCUUCUAACGUACGAAGAAGAGCCGAAGAUAAUCCAGCACUCGAUCGAGACUUCUCGAUCCUGUUUGCAGCUAACGCCAUUAAAAGCGCAACAAACGUUAUUGGAAGUUCUUUCGAAUACAGGAUUGAAGCACAACAAUUUGGUCGUUGGGGUGGAAUAUGGAAGGCACCACGUUCUUAUUCAUUCACUGCCACAAACAAUAAACAGACACAGGUAAAACUGGUCCAGAAAUUUGACCAAUGGGUGUACGAAGAUUUGGGUAUCGAGAAGCGAAUGCCUUGGAUUCACGAUGCAAUGUUAACCACUUCACAUAACGCUACUAAUCAAGUGUAUUCUUAUGGAUCAAUCAUUGGUAAAUACUGACUACCUUACGGAUUAUAUCAGUGUUAUUAAGUCUAUAGACACGUURCAGUACAAAAUACAGCUCAAUUUCCAGGAC